GACAGGAGCGCCGGCCCAAGCGGCGCAUGCGUUCUAAACACACCGGAAGCUACCGGGCAGCAUGGCGGCUCACGCGGGGGGCGGCCUGAGCGCUGUGGAUGUCCGGGAAGCCGCCGCGGCGCUUUCGCUGCCGGCCGAGGCCUUCGGCAACGAUCCCGCCGUGGAGAUGCUGUGGGCCAUGAAGGCGCACCAGCACGCUGAAGUCUACGAGAACCUCAUUUCUGCAGUUGAUCCCAAGUUCCUGAAACUUACCAAAGCUGAUGACCAGAUUUAUACAGAAUUCAGGAAGCACUUUAAAGACCUUAAAAUUGAUGUCCUUGACCUUGAGGAUCUUAAAUCUGAAUCUGCUAAAGAGAAAUGGCGCCCCUUCUGCUUACAGUUUGAUGGGGUAGUUGAAGACUUUAACUAUGGCACCCUCCUACGGCUGGACUGCAGCAAAGGUUACUUGGAAGACAACACUGUAUUUGCCACCAGGAUCCAGUUCUUCGCCAUAGAAAUAGCCCGCAAUCGGGAGGGCUACAACAGUGUUGUUUACAACAGGGCCAAGGAAGCUAGAUCAUCACAAGACGAAGUUAGCUCUGGGUGAGACUGUCAGAUCCCAGACAAAGGCUGAUAAAUAAACUCAAUGGGAUCAUGUUUUGUUUCAGUUGGGCAAGUAACUGGUCCUGAGACUAGUGCUGGACAACUUAAGAUGCCAAAAUAAACUAAAUCUUGGCUCUGCUGCAGGGGGGCUAAGUGAGAAUGCGGUUGAUUCUUCUGGAAUCUGAAUAUUUUGGAAAUGGAUUCGACGUUAAACAUCCUGAAUGAAAGUCAGAAGCAAGUGUGUCCCAGCUGGGCUGGAUCCUGCACCCUGCCACUUAAUUAACAGCUGUGAUGAUUACACUCCCUCUGAUUCAAGGACACUGAGGUCUAACAAGACUAUAGAAGUGUUGCUAGCCCUACAUGCAGCGCUGUAUUUGCCAUCCAGUGUAGAAGGGAUCACUGGCUUACACAGAACACGUUGAGAUGUUUCCAAGUAAACAGGCAUAUGAUCAGGAAUAAUUAUGAACAGAAUUCAAUUUAUAGGUUAUUGUAAGGUUGAAGCAGAGAACUCCUUUAUGUGGGCUUACUGAAUUGAGGUUUGGAAUCAAGUGUUUUAUAAUGCCAGAAUACUGGUCAAGUUCUUAUGUCAUGCAUACAAAUAAAUGUAAAAUGUAUUGAGAA